CUUGGACUAUCUGGAGGACCGGCUGAAGAACUUUAAAUCUGCUACUGGAAACUUUUCCGUCUCUGUUGGCUGCAGCCAUGAAGUCCCGUCGAUCCAGCUGCACAGAUUCUGGAUCCGAAUCUUCAGAGACCGACUCCAAGACCCCAGAGAAAUUUGAGACGGCAACGAAGCGACGGAUGGCGGCCAAUGCCAGAGAGAGGAAAAGGAUGCAGGGUCUGAACACGGCCUUUGACUGCCUACGGAAAGUGGUGCCACAGUGGGGACAGGACAAAAAGCUGUCCAAGUAUGAAACCCUGCAGAUGGCCCUCAGCUACAUCGUGGCCCUCAACAGGAUCCUGACAGACACCAGGAGGCACGCAGCUCCGCACCAUCAGUGGCUGGACCUGCAGCCGGAAAACUACUCGUGCCUGAUGAGGUACGAGCAUCCUGCAGGGCAAGAGUUCCUCCACUCAUCCUUUCCUUACGAGUUCGACGGCCAUCACCUUCAUGCAUGAACCUCUGGUGGACAAUCGGUCAUGUUGGUGGACAAUGUGAAUGCCUUUCUUCUAGUCUGGAAGACAGUAAAUACGUUUGUAUUGCUUUAUUUCUGUUCUGUAUUUAUGUUGCAGUGAUUGAUUUUAUUUAAAAUCUUUUACAUGUUUUUUAAUAUAAAAAACAAGUCAUGUUGAGCAAAUUGUUGUUCAGAUAAUCUCCAGAAAAAGAGCUGAAGCAUCAUUUUACCCGAAUGAAGAUGUUUUAACAUUGAUACAUCCCCCCCCCCCCAAAAAAAAAAAAAAUCUAUGUGGUGCAAUCUUUGAUGAAAUGUGAGACAAUCAUUGUGGUCCUACAUGCAGAGUUAAGAUGCCACGUUUGUAGAGUUUAAAUAUAGAUUUUAUUUUUUUUCACAGACCUCUAUUUUGUUUAAAAGAUCUUGUAAAGAAUAAAAUUAUUUUGUAAGACACCCUUCUCCUUUUCGCUUUUAUUUAAGUGCCACAAACUGAAUGUAUUUAAAUGCUAUAUAGCAGAAAUACAGAUAACAGCAGAGAUGGAUUCAUGACCUAGGAUGGGCAGGUGGGCGGUGCUUCUUAUCUUGAAGUGGUGCCUCAAAUUUUAAAAGUCAAAAGAUGAUUUCAGUAUCUUGUUAUUGCUUUUAUCGUAUU